AUGGCACAAGUACUUGAUUCAUAUAUAAAUAAAUCCGUAAAUAUCGUUACAUCCGAUGGACGAAUUAUAAUUGGAAUAUUACGUGGUUUUGAUCAAGCAAUAAAUAUUAUUUUGGAUGAUAGUCAUGAACGUGUAUUUUCUGCAACAGAUGGUGUAGAACAAGUUCUUCUUGGUCUUUAUAUAAUACGUGGUGAUAAUGUUGCAUUAAUAGGUGAAAUUGAUGAAGAACUUGAGAAAAAUAUUGAUUUUUCAAGUAUACAUGCUGAUCCAUUACGAGCAGUUAAAACAUAA